AUGGCGCAAUCUAAUAACGCCGAGGAUGGCGAGCCCUUGAUGGACCGCAGCGACUAUGCUGAAGCGCUGAACAUGUACUUGGCCAGUCUUGACGCUCCGCGUGACGAAGAGCACCGCGCCAAGUGUCAUGUUGGGGCCUCUGCUUGCCAUCUGCAGCUGGAGCAGCCCCAGGAUGCGCUGCGCCAUGCCCUGCAGGCCAUAAAAUUGCAGCCUCAGAACCCCGCCCCGCGCCAAAGCUAUGCCGCCGCUCUGGCUCACUUGGGGCGCUGGGCAGAGGCGCUCGUGGCGCUCGUCUUGGAUCUGGAGGAACCUGCAGCUACUGCAGCGGAUGUUCUCAAGACCUUGGCCGACUGGGCAAAUCGACACCACCAAGGAGAAGAAGUUGCCACCGAUGACCCCGCAAAGACCCUCGCGGCGGCUCUCACCUGCCCCAUCACUGGAGACCUUCUCAUCUUACCCACCACGACCGCUGACGGUGAUUCCUUCACGCUGGGUGCGGAUGCUUCCUUUCCGCUGCCUGCCACUCACGUUAAUGUCCGACUUCAAGCCAUUCUCGAGCGCCUGUUUCCUGGACACGGUGCAGCUGCGACAUCGCUGCGAGAGGUGGUCAUGCACUUGCAAGGGACCAGCGGUCUUCUUGAAGCCAACUCUGCAGUGCUUGCCGAUGUUCAAGCACUGCUGCAACAGAGCGAGCAGCACCAGCCCACAGCUUUGGCUGCCAUCCUUCGCACCUUGCUCCAGCCGGCGCGGGCGUCGAUGGAACUGAACAAAGUGGCACGGGCCGUUCAAGAGGUGCUCGGCGCUCUUCUGCUGCUUCCACAAGAUGUCAGCAUCCAAGACACGGCCACACAGGCUCUGAGGGCAUGGGUGGAAGCCUGCUGUGGCUCACCCGAGCCCGUGCAGACCUCUACAGAGCAGCCAGAUGCCGCAGCUUGGUCCAACCGGUGCGCUGCCAGGGCUGCUGACCUUCAAGUCAUUCUCGAUGCGGCAGUGAGCUUUGCCCAGACCAAGCCCCAUACCGCUGUGCCCGUCGCCCACAGCGAACUCCUGCUGCUGUGCCAGCAGCGACUAGAACUUGCCGAUUUGGAGUGCGAGCUGUGCUACGACCUUCUAUGGCGUUCCAUCGCCUUGCCAUGCGGCCACAUGCUCUGUCGUAGCUGCGUGCUGCGCACCCUGGAUCACAAGCCCGAAUGCCCGGUCUGUCGUGCCGACCUGGCUGACUUUCUGGCUGCCCGGCAAUUUUGCGAGGUAUCCUGCCCGUUGCUACAAAACAAUCCCGUUUGGGCCGAUGGAUGA